AUGGAAGAGAUUAAUGAUGUUGAAAAAGUUGAUGAAGUUAUAUUACCAGGGUUUAGGUUUCACCCAACUGAUGAAGAGCUUGUUGGUUUUUACCUAAAGAGAAAAGUUCAACAAAGACCUCUAUCUAUUGAGCUCAUCAAGCAGCUUGAUAUCUAUAAAUAUGAUCCUUGGGAUCUUCCAAAAUUUGCUAGUUCAGGAGAGAAAGAGUGGUAUUUCUACUGUCCAAGAGACAGAAAAUACAGAAACAGUGCAAGGCCAAAUAGGGUAACUGGAGCUGGAUUCUGGAAAGCUACUGGUACUGAUAGACCUAUCUAUUCCUCAGAAGGUUCCAAGUGCAUUGGUUUGAAGAAAUCAUUAGUCUUUUACAAAGGUAGAGCUGCUAAAGGACUCAAAACUGAUUGGAUGAUGCAUGAGUUUAGGCUACCUUCUCUCGUAGAUCCGCUUUCAUCAAAGAAGUACUUCGACAAAACCAUUCCUGCUAAUGAAUCUUGGGCUAUCUGCAGAAUAUUCAAGAAAACAAAUUCUACAACUCAAAGAGCUUUAUCGCACUCUUGGGUUUCUUCUCUUUCUGAAACAAGAGCCUCUAUCCUAACCAAAAAUCAAGAAAUCAACCAAUUUCGUUCAGACAACAUGUCACAAACAAAGAAAGAAACCUUAUCAAACAACUUCUUCACUAACAACAAUGAUAAUAGCCAAAACUUUGAUGUUGAUCUUACCUCUUAUAAAUCCAUAACUAAUCACCACUUACCCAUUUCAAAUGAAUAUCUUAAUACAAACUUGAUAUUCUCACCAUCUCAACUACAAACAUCUAAUAACACUUCCAAAUCCACAAUGGAUGUUUCAUCAAUGUUGUUGAGCAUGUCAUCAUCAUCCUCAAUGAUUGGUGAUUUUAGCAAGACAUGUGAUGAGGUUACAACUACAAAUUUCAAUAGUGGGUUGCAAGAGCAAUUUAGUGACUAUUCAUUGCAAAUGCAAAGUACAUUUGAUAACCAAUUUGAUAAUAAUGCAUUGGUAAAGGCUCCUUAUUACAAUGUGAAUGUGCCUCGUAUUGAUGAACAAGAAUUGAUGCAUUUCAAUAUUGGUGAUGCAUGGAAGUCAAAUUUGCUUUGGGAUACUUCAUUUUGUCCUUUUGAUGUUCCCUCUAGUUAUUAUUCUACAACAACCAAGUGUUACACUUAA